AUGGUGGAAGAGCUUAAUGAAAAGUUUGGGAAGAGUUUAACAAAAAGUCAUUUAAAGAAUCGUUUGAAAACUUUAAAAUCAGGUUUCUCGCAAUGGUAUGACAUGUUCCGCGGAACUUCAUUGAGUGGGUUCAGUUGGAAUUCUGAAACACAACUAAUUGAAGCGGACGAAGAAGUUUGGGCCAACUUAAUUAAUUCAAAGCCAGAGGCAAUUUCAUUGAAGUCCAAAAAAAUACCAAACUACAACGAAAUGAUAGCUUUGUUUGCGAAAGAUAGGGCUUCAGGGGUGCAUGCUGAAACCUCGAAAGAGAAGAAUGCUCGAUUGAACAAGACCGGGGAUAUCAAAGUAGAAACAAUUGACGAAGUGGAUCAGUUACUAGCAAGCAAUGACAUAACACUUGAGAAACAACAAAAAAAUAAUGAUGAUGAUGACGAUGGUCUUGAUGAUAUUCAAGUGUUAUCUCCUACAUGCUUUUCACCGGUGCAAAAUUCAAGUUCUAAGAAGUACAAAAGUAAAAAAAGGAAACAUGAAAUCGAAGAUGAAGAUGAACUUGAAGUUGAACCUGAAUCGUUUGAAAAGGUUAUUAUGAGUGCAGUUAAAGAUGUGGCUUCUGCUAUGAGGGAGGGUAACAAAAUCUUCGAAAACUCUCAUCAUCGGGUUUAUACUGGUGAUGAAAUUUAUAAAGAGUUAGAGCCAAUGGAUUUGGAACCAGAUGAAUUAGCAGAAGCUCUCAUGUUUUUGUCGUGA